AGACGGUCGGCCAUUUUAAGUUUAUCAGUCGUCAUUUCACAUCGCUACAGUAGGACGGAGAACGUCAGGAUUCAAUUUCAUCAUAUUUCUCUUACAACUUAAGUGGAGAAUUGCCUACUAUGAAUUGAAACUCUUCCUAAAAAUCCAACCAAGUAGAUUCUAGUGAAGUGACGCAUAAGCCAGUAGUUUCCAGUGUCGAGUUGUAAUUUUUUUGCACCUCAAUGUAGCUAGAGGAAAAUGGCUGUGGAAAGCAUGACUGUCCAUCCAAACUCCCCAACUACCAACCACGAACACAACAGUCUCCUGACUGACGAAAGGCCAGAGGAUGGAGAGCUGGAGGAGGGUGAGCUGGAGGAUGACGGGGGAGAAGUGGAGCAGGAAGAGGUCGGUGGAGGAGCGUCUGCAGCGGCGGCGGCAGCAGCAACAGCAGGAGGAGGAGGAGGAGGCGGCGGCGGAGAGGGGGGCGAUGAAGCAGUCGCAGGAGGUGAAGCAGAAGGCGAGGCGGGCGCAGAGAGGUCGCGGCGAAGUCGGGAAGGCCACGUGAGCAGCGAGUCGGAUGAAGAGAGAUCCCACCGUCGCAAGAGGAAGAGGAAGAAAGAGAGGGAGCGGGAAAGGGAGAAGAGGAGGGCCAAGAAGAAACGAAAGUCCAAACACAAACGUCAUGCGUCCUCUGACGAAGACCACUCAGACUUCAGCGAUGACUCUGACUACAGUCCCAGUGAGAAGAGGAAGUACAGAGACUACAGCCCGCAGUAUCCCCCAGCUUCUCAUGGAGGGGGUUACGGCGGCUCAAAGAAGGGCGGCUACAUGAAGAUGGAGAAGCAGAGCUAUGGAGGCUAUGAUGACUAUGAAGAGGAGAACUUUGAGGGAGAGGAGGAUGAAGAAAUGCCGGAGGAAGACUAUGACGACUUCACCAAGGAGCUCAACCAGUACCGCAAGGCCAAAGAAGGAGGAGGAGGCCGCGGGGGACGAGGUGGGUUCAUGGGGGGUCGAGGUCGCAUGAAGGGCCUGAGAGGUCGUGGAGGAAUGAGGGGAGGGAGGAGAGGAAGAGGUGGAAUCAGAGGCAGAGGAGGAGGAGGAGGAGGAGGAGGCCGAGGUGGAAAGAUGGGAGGAGACAACGACGAUGGAGACGGCUACGGAGAGGAGAUGGAGGAGAGGUAUGGGGAGGACGACUAUGACAACAUGGGAGACGAUGACUACGAUGACUACUCAAAGGAUCCCUUUCAGUACAAGAAGAAUAAAGACAGAGGCAGAGGAGGGAAAGGCGGCCGUGGGCGAGGUCGAGGUAAAGGAGGACGCGGCAUGCUUAGAGGAGGAAAAGGCCGAAACCGUGGGAGAGGAAGAGGAGACAUGGGGAAUGAUGAUGACAUGGGCGGAGACAUGGACAACGGGGUAAGGCUGAAAUCAGUCUGCGGGGUCCAGGAUGGAGGUGGAGGAAACGAUGGACCAGGACUUGGGAGGAGGAAUCAGAAUGAGAAGCACCAGGAUAAGAAAGGAAAGGCCAUCUGCAAGUACUACAUCGAGGGAAGAUGCACAUGGGGCGAUCACUGCAACUUCAGCCACGACAUCGAGCUCCCCAAGAAGAAGGAGCUCUGCAAAUUCUACAUCACUGGAUUCUGUGCCAGAGCAGACCACUGUCCGUACAUGCAUGGUGAAUUCCCCUGUAAGCUGUUUCACACCACCGGAAACUGUGUCAACGGUGAUGAAUGCAUGUUCUCCCAUGAUGCCCUCAAUGAUGACACCCAGGAGCUGCUCAACAAGAUGUUGGCAGAAGAUGCCGAGGCCGGAGCGGAGGAUGAGAAGGAGGUGGAGGAGCUGAAGAAACAGGGAAUCAACCCUCUCCCUAAACCCCCUCCCGGAGUCGGCCUUCUCCCGACUCCUCCUCGGCCUGUCCCUGUGGACUCCAACACAGGACCUGUGGACUUUGGAGGGCCUCCACCAGGUGACUUUGGGGGUCCCCCUGGACCUAACCAGGGGCCCAUUCCCAACAAAUGUCCCCCAGGACCAGGACCAGGACCUGGACUUGGACCUGGACCUGGUCCUGGGCCUAACCCUUGCACUGGACCUCCUGUCAUUGGUCCUGAUGGAAAUCCCUUUCAAGGAGGGCCCCCAAAUCCUGGUUGUCCUCCUCCUCCUCACAUGGGCCCCCCACCUCCCUGUGGCGGGGGUGGAGGUGGCGGAGGGAAGAAAAUCCCAUCAUUGUUUGAAAUCAAAGUUCAGCCGACGGGACAGCUGGCUCACAAACUGGCCGUCAGGGGCCAAACUCCCAGCAGCAAUCAGGGUCAGACUCCACCCCCUGGACCCCCUGGAGCCCCCGGUGCACCUCCCACCCACUUCCCUUCCCCUCCAGGCAUGAUGUCUCCAGAUAUGCAGAACAUGGGCCCGAACCUCGGGAUGAAUCCAGGGAUGCCCAACAUGGGCCCCGGUGGUCUCCCUAUGAUGGGAGGAUUUCCACCUGGUGAUGGAGCGCCUAUGCCCCCCGGUCCUCCUCCGGGUGGAGGAAACUUCUUCAAUAACUACUUCAACCAGCAGGAGGGGAUGAGCAUGGAGGGAGUGGUGCAAGAAGGUGAUAACUACCAGGGCUUUGAUGAGAGAGGAGGACCAGGGAAGUUUGGUAAUCAGUCAGGUGGACAAGAAGGCUCAGCAAAUGGAGCAUCAGCCAAUCAGGGAGGGAUCACUGUGCCUGACUUCCUGCCUCCAGCACAGCGCGUCCUGUUCAUGAGGAUCCAACAGAAGCAGCAGGAGGAAGAGGAGAGAGCUCGCAGGAUUGCUGAGGGAGGAGCAGAGAGGAGCAGAGACACUGAAGGUGACUCAGGGAACUGGUACUCCAGUGAGGAUGAGGACGGUGGUGGCAGUGUGACCUCCAUCUUAAAGACCCUCCGUCAGCAGACCCAGCCUUCUCUCAAACCUGACGGCCCCCCACUGGACCCCCGCCUCCAGAAAGCCCCUCCUGCCGGCGCUCCUCCUCGCCCUGCAGACCCUCGCGUAGCCCGGGACCCUCGUCUUGCACGUGGUGCAGAGCCUUCUGACUCCACCCACCCCAUGCUCGCUCCAUCUGCACCCGGACCUCCUGCAGACCCCAGGUUAGCCCGGCUUGCUGCUGCCUCAGCUGGAUCGUCCCAGUUGCCUCCUGUCUCUAAACCAGAGCCUCCUCUGGUCUAUAAGCCUCCACCGCUCACAGCACCACCUGCGGAGGAGGAGGAGACGGAGCGGGUCCUACGGGACAAGCCUGUGCCGAUCCCUCUGGACCCACUGAUGGGUAUGGCUCUGAGAGACCCCCGCUCACAGCUGCAGCAGUUCAGCCACAUCAAGAAGGACAUUAUCCUCCACAUGCCGGCCUUCAUCAAAACCGUGACUUGGUCCCCUGAAGAUCUCCUCCCAAUCCCAAUCCCAAAGCAGGACCUCCUCCCUCUCCCACCAGGCAUCCCUCCCGUCUCCAGCAUAGACUCCCGUCUGUCUCGCACUCAGCAGGCCCUUCACACUCCGCAGCCUCCCCCGGUUCAGCCUCCUCCCCCAAUGGACGCCCCCGCUCCCUCUUCUUCCUCCACAUCCCUCCCAGACUUUGAGCUUCUGUCUCGUAUCCUGAAGACUGUGAACUCCAGCCCGUCUCAGACCCCCUCCCCUCCUCUUUUACCACCCCCUGCUGCUCCUGGGUCACUGUUAGGCCCUCCUCCCCCAGUACCUCCUGCGCCUGUAGAGAAACCUGUUGACCCACGUAUGGCUCGUAAAAUAGCCUCAGACCCCCGUCUCCAGCCCCCGAAGUCGGCACUGAAGCAGCCGUCUGAACCCGCACCUCCUCCUGUCUCCUCUGUUGCUUCAGCAGCAGCACCCAGCUCCUCCCCUCCCACCAUCGCCCCCUAUGACCCGAGGCUGCUCUCCACAGGCGGGGCAGGGCGCGGUGUGGGCUCAGGGUCACCAGGGGGAGCUAGUGUGCUGAGCGGCAUUAGUCUGUAUGACCCAAGGACUAGCAAACCAGCCAGCCCUGGUACUAACAGCGGCUCCAACAACUCCCCCAACUCAGCCAGCACAGAGUCCAAACCCAGUGAUCCCCCAGCCAGUAAACCUAAGUCCAAGGAGCCCCUGUUUGUUCGGAAGUCUGCGUUGGACCAACCGGAGCCAGAGAAGAGUGUAGAGCAAGGGACCGACCGAUACAACAGUUACAACAGACCCAGGCCCAAACCUGCACCCUCGCCUAACUCCACGGCACAGGGAGGAGCUGCUGCAGCCGGAGGAGCUGCAGCUGGAGGCCAGGGUGCUCCUGGAGCUGCUGGUGAGCAGGGUCCCUCAGGGGUCCACAAUUUACCCGUGUCCUCUUUAUACAGUGUGGCGAAGCAGGCGGCGAAGCCCGGCGGGACGGGGAGCCCUUUUGGAGGAAACAGUCCGGUGCAGACGGACCAGACGAGCACAGAGCAGGAUAACGCCUCUCUGAAGGACGUUUUCAAAGGCUUCGACCCCACAGCCUCGCCCUUCUGCCAGUGACCCCCCCCAAACACACACGCUCUGAUCUCUGAACACUGAAGCGCUGGGCGGUCGGCCGUGGUUUUGUUUUAACAUUAUUGAACACUGAGCGGAUCAGUGGAAGGAGGACGAAGAAGCGCACUGAGGCAGCUGCCUGAUGGACUGAUUAAGGAGACAAACCUUUGUGAACAAACUCGAGCUGAUUAACUUGUUUCAUUAACAAACACUCACACACACUCACUCCCUCUCUGACGCAGUGUUCAGAUUCAGAAUCUAUAUAAAGACUGGGGUUAUGGGGAGGGGGCAAAGUAAAUUCUAAAGCUCUAUUUUAAACAGACUUAUUGAUGUAUGAUUAAAUGUUUUCUCUUCAUCUCAUCGCUUCAUGAAAACAGUUAUCCAGACAGCAGAAACAUUUACUAAGAAUCAACGUUUUAGCUCCACGUCUUUUUCAUUUCUAACCUUUCCUCCGUUCCUCUGCUCUCUUUUCUUUUUUUCACACUCUAUCCUCACCCUCUUUAAACCGUUUGAUGUGCUCCUGUCUGUGUUCGGACGGUCAAAGGUGAGAAUGAUUUCAGCAGUGGAUGAAAUGCUGUGACAGACCUGACUUCCUCCUGACAGGGUUUUUCUUAUUUGUGGUGUUUUUGUGGUUUAAUGAAAAGCACUGCGACGCACAGUCGCUCUUUAAGACACAAAUCACAUCUCCAUCACUGCCUUUGCUUUCUCUGUCCUCUUCCCCUCGUGUGUGUUAGCUCAGCACAAAGCAUUUGUUUUAUGAUUAUGACUCAUGAUGUCACACUUUCUGCAGAGACGAUUGCAUAAACUCAAAUCUAUAUUCUGUUUUUUUAAGUAUUUAUUUUCUGUUUCCCCUGAGGGCUGAGUUCAUGAUUUUAACGUGCGUGGCUCCUCCAGCUGUUCACCUCCAUCAAUUUGUUUUUAUUUAACUUUUACCCCAAACAUGUUACCUUUCAGUCGUGCCUCUUUAACCGUCACACCGGCUGAGUCCAUGUCACAUGAACAUUUGUUUUAUCUGCAUGUAAAGUCAGACGUGACAGCUUUAAUUUGCCUGACAGCACACAGAGUUUAUUUGAUGAUGGUUAGUCAUGAAUUUGGUCGAGAACAUUCAUAAGUUGAGUUUAUUUUCUUGCUGAUAUCAAAUGUUACAAGUUAACACUUUCCCCCCCCCUUUUUUUAUCUUCAUCAAAACAACACAUGUUCGUUUACAGAGCCAGAGAACACCAGCUCACCUGCUCGUAGAAAAAUCAUCUGAAACAGUUAUUAAAGGAAGCUCACAGGAACAGAUGUGCAGCCUCGUUCAUGAGCUUUCAGCUUUAACAGCUGGUGACAGUGAGACAAUCUUCAGCUAGACUUGGACCUAAAACCCUCUUAAUGCAUGACUCUUGCAUUGAUCUGUGCAGGUGCUCCCUCUGCUGUCAGCCUGAGCUCAAUGUUCAGAGGACCAUGGGACUGAAAUAUCAGAUUUUAACUUGUGUUAAAAACAGACUGAACACGGUUUCCUCUCUCAGGCUGCAGAAAGAAACGCACACUUCAUGGUGGUGAUUAUUUCUUUGGUUGUGUUUAAAUGUUAAACUCUUCCCCCCGGCUCAUCCCAUCCAAGCGUAACAGCUGGAUCACAACCUCUGGAUCACAGUCGCUCACCUUUGACCUCCAGGUGUGCGUGUGAACGUCUCUCACCGGGAGCUUGUAAAAGUUUCAGCUGUCUUUGUAUAAAUGUUGAUCAUUUUAAUUUAUUUUUUUUAUACUGGGGUAAAUAAUACUUCCUCACUUGACAUUUUUGAACUGAAUCAUUUUAUAUACCAGAAAUAUGUGAUAACCGCUCACCUGGGUGGGAUAUAGGCAGCCUGCAGCAGUGUGAAGGGAGGAGAGAGAGAAAGAAAGAGAGAGAGAGACUAUUUUUUUAUUUAGUUUUGUGUACAAAGAUUCAAACUAAUGACAGAUUCACAGCAGCUCCUUCCUGACACGCCGUGACGCAGCCUGUCGAGAAGCCGAGUGUCGGCGACAUCGAGUGUGAAAUGAUUUCGGAUCGGUUCUUUCCUUUACGGCUUCGUUGUUUUAUAGUUUUUUUUCUUGCUCUGUAAAUUGACCAGUAUCCUGUCUUUGGAGGAGUUUUCUAACUGUUCACUGUAGGUGAGGUUGUCAAAGUAUUUAAAUAAAGUUGAUACAACAUCAACCACUAAAACACACACAUCUGUCCUCCCCUCUCUUCUGUCACUUCAUAUGAGACUAACUUUAUUUAAUCCACACUGUAAAAAGAUGUUAUGGUUUGAUUUCAUAAAAAAUAAAUAUAUUAGACACAGA